UACGUUAGAGAGUGCAGUACGCAGCAGGAGCAGCAGUGUGGUGCUCUGCUUCCCUAGCUCUGCCUGGCAGGCAAGUCUCAAGUUCAGUGAAUAUCUCUCGCUGCCAGAGAACUUUUCCAUCUUCUUCUGCAAAUGAAUACGGCCUAACUGCACCAGAAAAAUGGGUACAGGGGAUUAUAUCUGCAUUACCAUGAGUGGAGGGGCCCCCUGGGGCUUUAGACUGCAAGGUGGCAAGGAGCAAAAGCAGCCUUUGCAAAUCGCCAAGGUUCGCAGCAAGAGCAAGGCGGCCAAAGCUGGGUUGUGUGAGGGAGAUGAAAUAGUAUCAAUCAAUGGCAAGUCCUGUGCAGACUUAACAUAUUCUGAAGUUAUUAGUCUUAUGGAAGACCUAGCUGACUCCCUCCAGAUGCUUAUCAAAAGAUCCUCCAAUGGAAUAAAUGAAACCUUGAGCCCUGAAACAGAAAAUGGAAAACAGGAUAACCUAAAAAAUGAGGACUAUAGAGAGAGCACCACACUGCAAAUCAGCACAACCAGGCAAAUGCCCCAUCAGGAAUUCUACAUCACAGGGAUACACAGUGCAGCUCACCAUGGAGCAGAGGAAAGUGACAUGAAUUUUUUUGAGAGCAAACAAGAAAAGGAGACAGCCCAGAGCCGCAAAAUUACUCCUAAAGUGAUCGAAACCUCCAAAGUACUCUUGACAGAUGGGGCUGCUUUCAGAGACAAGACAGAAGAAAGAAGGCCGGGUGCUCUGCUGGAACUGCAGUUGUCCCUCUCACAUGACAGGCACAAGGACACCAGUGCUCCUGUUGUAACUGUCUUUGGAACUGAAAAAUGUAGCCCUUCAGAAACAGGACCCAGCGUGCCACAAGAUGGGACUAGCCCUAUAACUGCAGUCCCUCUGGGUGAAAAAGCAGGCAAUGUCCAGUGGUCAAGCAAAGUAUUCCAGAUUGCUAGUGGCAAAGAGGUCAAGACGAGCCAAGGGGCAGAAGCAGGAGAGCCAUCUCUCACCAGGGUGGAAGUGAUCCUGGACUGCACUGACAGGGAGAAAGAAGUAUCCAGGUCUGUAGCUGAAAAGGGGUGUGUUGAUUCUCAAGUGGAAGGAGGGCAGUCAGAAGCACCUCCUUCUGUAGUCUCCUUUGGAAUCUCAUCAGAAGGCACAGAGCAGGGAGAAGACGACCAGCACUCAGAAAGGGAUCACAGCAAACCUCUAAAGCACAGGGCAAGGCACUCAAGGCUUCGCCGGGGUGAGAGCCUAUCAGAGAAGCAGGUUAAAGAAGCCAAAUCUAAAUGUAAAAGCAUUGCCUUGCUGCUGACUGCAGCUCCCAACCCCAAUUCCAAGGGGGUGUUGAUGUUCAAGAAGCGUCGCCAAAGGGCCAGGAAAUACACAUUAGUCAGCUACGGCACUGGGGAGCUAGAGCGUGACAAAGACGAGGGGGAAGAAGGAGAAGGUGAAGAAGGUGACAAAGAAAACACUUUUGAGGUAACUUUGCUUGGAACAAGCGAGUCCGAAAUAGAUGAAGAUUUCUUCUCGGACAUUGACAACGAAGGCAAGGUUGUGACAUUUGACUGGGACACUGGUCUGCUUGAGGUUGAAAGGAAAACAAAAAGUGAAGACGAGAUGCAGGCCCUUCCAGAAACCAAGGGCAAAGGGGUCCUCAUGUUUGCCAAGAGACGGCAGAGGAUGGAUCAGAUCACAGCUGAACAAGAGGAGAUGAAGGCACGUGCAGUGCACACAGAGGAGCGAAGAGAAGCCAGCACAACAGAGAGCUUACAGAAAAUGAGCUCUUCCUCCUAUCACACAAGAGAGGCAGAAUCGUCGAGGAUGAAGAGCUGUGUGAGCAAAAGUUACAUAGAGAUGGGCCACAGUCAUGGCAAAAUGAUACAACAGAAUGGCAUUGGGGGAGCAGAGGCAAGUAUCUCUUUUCAGUCCUCGGAAGCCCAGAAAGCAGCAUCUUUAAAUAGAACAGCUAAACCCUUCCCUGGUGUACAGAACCGAAUAGCGGCACCAUUUUCACCUACAAGAAAUGUGACUAGCCCUCUCUCAGACCUACCAGCACCACCUCCCUAUUCCUCCGUUAGCCCACCACCUGACACCUUAUAUAGACCAGUGUCAGCUCCCGUGGCUAGCAGAGCUCAACCAGCUGUGUGGUCACCAACAGAACAGAUAGCAUCCAGAGAUGAAAGGAUUGCAGUGCCAGCCAAAAGAACUGGGAUAUUACAAGAGGCAAAGAGAAGAAGCACUGCAAAGCCUAUGUUUACUUUCAAGGAGCCUCCAAAAGUGAGUCCUAACCCUGCCCUGUUGUCCCUUGUACAGCAUGCAGAAGGCAAACGAGGUACUGGAACUGGCUUUGAAUCAGGACCUGAAGAAGACUACCUCAGUUUAGGAGCAGAGGCUUGUAAUUUCAUGCAGAUCCAGGCAUCCAAACAAAAAACCCCUCCUCCUGUUGCUCCAAAGCCCUCAGUCAAAGUCUCUCCUACUGCUGGAACUCCUAUCUCUCCAGUCUGGUCACCUCCAGCUGUGGUUUCUACCCAGCCUCCUUCCUUCCCAACUCCAAAAUCACCUCAAGCUGCAGGUCCUCCACCAGUCAGAGCACCCCAGCCUGCUCACCAUCCUCCCCAACCCCCAAGUACUCUUAACCUAGUGGGUCCUUUUAAAGGGCCUCAAGCAGCAGUAGCAAGUCAGAAUUAUACACCUAAAACACCUACCACACCAAUUGCUGGAGGAAUGGGGCCAGCCUUUGAGAUGCCACCAGCGUUGAGUGGGAAAGGAGCACAGUUGUUUGCCAAAAGGCAAUCUCGCAUGGAAAAGUAUGUGGUAGACUCGGAGACUGUGCAGGCAAACUUAGCACGGGCCUCAUCCCCAACUCCAUCUUUACCAGCCUCUUGGAAAUAUUCAUCUAAUGUUCGAGCACCUCCACCUGUAGCUUAUAAUCCCAUCCAUUCCCCAUUUUACCCUCCUGCUGCUAGCAAACCCCAGUCUAAGUCAACUGCAGCUACUAAAAGCACCAAAAGAAAACCUAAGAAAGUUCUCAAUGCUUUGGAAGUUAUGAAGCAUCAGCCAUAUCAGCUUAAUGCAUCUUUAUUUACUUUUCAACCACCCUCUGAUACUAAGGAAGGCUUAGCUUCUAAGCAAUCAAAGUUCAGCCCUAUGCCUGCCUCAAAGCAAGUUCUGUCUUCAAGACCACUCAAUGCUGGUUCUCCAACUAAUGUCCAGGCAUCUUCAGUGUACUCUGUACCAACCUAUACUACACAACCGUGGUUCCAGUCAAAUGUUUCCACCCCAGUAAAUGAAUCCUAUGCACCUGUGGGUCACUCCACAUAUUCUAAAUCAGAAUCAGUCACAUCUUCUUUACUUACUGCUCCAAGGCCAAAGUUUUCAGCUAAGAAAGUUGGUGUCACAGCUCAGGAGAGAAGCAGUGGCCGUUCAUUAUCACUUCCUGGGAGACCUUCUUCACUCAUGCCUCGAGCCACGUCACCUUCUUUUCCUGUGAUCAUCCAACCUGCCCCUGAUUACUUCAGCAAACCACCUGGAGCAACUGACCGGUCUGGCAAGAGAUUAACUCCCUGGGAAGCAGCAGCCAAGUCCCCCCUUGGCUUGGUAGAUGAUGCUUUUGGCCCCCAGAACAUUCAAGGGUCCAUUGUUGCUAAUGUAGUAUCAGCUGCUCGCAGGAAAACACUCCCGGAGCCACCAGAUGAUUGGAAACAGAGAGUUUCUUAUGAGCCUCCAGCCCCAAGCAUUCAUGCUAGCUUAGCCUCAUUUGGGAAAAGGCAAUCUGGUAUCAUAUCCCCACCAAAGAGCACCAUGUCUGCGCCUAGCUCCACUUCCCAGUGUGGCACUAGGCUUCAGUAUGCAUAUUAUGGUCAACGAUCCCAAACAGAUCCCGACAUGAUGUCCAUGGAUACCAGGUCUGACUAUGGCCUGUCAACACCUGACUUACACUACAAUCUACAUCCAAGAGGAUGGAGGCACCAAACAUGAAAAGCCUGGUAUAUUCUCCCUUCUUCCAGAUUCAUAAGCCCUAGAUUCUAGUUCAAAAAGAAAAGCAAACCUCUCUGGGUGUUUUUUUGCUGGUUUGACAAUCUGUGAAUUGAAGAUACGAGGAGGCAAUCUCAAAGGGUGAAUAGUUCUCAUGCUGCUUCAGGGUUCUCAGCUUCUAGAAUAGUUUCAGUUUUAUUCCCAGCAUUAGGAUGUACCACGUUUUGUUUUGCUUUGUUUUGUUUCAAAAGGUCAAAUUUUCAUGUGUGCGCCUUUGUGUGUAGGAGGGAAAGCAAAUGGCUCAGUACAAGCCACAGGCAGGAAAAGUUUAGUUAGAAUGAACAGAAAAAUAUUUACAGAUGAAUUAAUGAAAGAAUAUUAGGGCACUUUUUUUUAAACAGAUUUUUUUAUUCAACUUAUAGAUGUUCUUGAUAUAUUUGACAUCUAACUUUUAAAGUAUUUUUUCCAAUAUAACUCCAGAAUUUGGAAGUGAUUACUGAUUAUGGUAGCCCAGUUAAUUUCCCUGUAAAUUUUUUUUGUCUUCAGAAAAGGACUCUAGCAAAAUAAAUUAUUUUACUUUACUAUGAUCAAUCUAAAAGGCAUCUAUAGUCAUGGUAAUUGAAGGUCGGUGACAUUGAGAUGUAUGCUAAUGUCUUCAAACUGGGCAUUUCAGCGAGACUUCAAGAAGAUUUGGGUUGAAAAUAAAUGUGCUAACAAACAACUGAACAGGAGAUUUCUUUGUGAAAUCUAUAAUUUGCUGAACAUUUAGUGUAGCAUAGCCUGUUAUGCUAAAGAGCUGAGUAGCUAUUCUGAGUAUAUGAGUUGAUGAAUAUGUGGAAAGCUUUUGAUUUGUUCUCUCAUUCUGAAGACUGAAAUAGGUUAUGUAGCAAACAGCAAUUUGUGUCCUAUAGAGAAGAUGACGUGUGGAAGAUGGUAUAUGUUACGUGUUAUAGGGUCUGAGUUGAGUAAAGACAGCAAGUAUUUGGUGAUUUGGCUGCAAUAUUAAAUAAAUCUGGAUGGGCUUGAAAAAAUGUAAAUAAUUGCUAUUCUUGGUACUUGCCUUGCAUUUAAAG